CGAUGAGAAAUGGCUGGAAGCUCGCAAAUUACGAACUUAUGAAGAGCUUGUUUGGUCAUCGUAAGAGAUCGUCGAAAGUGAUGAGUCUGAACCUCGAGCUGACAGCUCGAAUGUCGGGAUUUGCAUUCGCUCCUCUUCAACCCUAAACCUGGACAGGAUCUGCUUUCUGCUGAGGGUGUAGCAAUGACUGGCGGAUUGCAGAAUGGAGCUCGACCUGUUAUGCGCAUGCUGAGAUUGAAGGGUUUUCCAAUUUUCCAGCAAUUGCUGUUGGAGGAGCGACUUCUCCGCACCAGCAACGACAAUUGGUGCGUGAUCAACGAUGGCACCUCGCCACCGGCGAUCGUGAUGGGCAUAUCUGGGAAGCCAGAGAAGCUUCUGGAUGUGGAGAAAGUGGUGAAGGAUGAUCUCUGUGUGAUCAAGCGGUUUAGUGGAGGUGGGACGGUCGUCGUGGACGAGGAUACUCUGUUCGUUUCUUUGAUCUGCUCUCGAUCAGCCGUUCCAGAUUUACAGCUCUACCCUCGGCAUAUCAUGAACUGGACUGAGCUUUUGUAUGUUCCUGUUUUCGAAAAGGUUCAUGGAUUUAAGUUACGAGAGCAUGAUUACGUGUUUAACGAUCGAAAGUUUGGAGGGAAUGCGCAAUCGAUCACGAAGAAUCGUUGGCUCCAUCACACCUCUUUUCUUUGGGACUACAGAGACUCACGAAUGGCCUACCUGAAAGUCCCGGAGCGAGCUCCAGCAUAUCGACAGGCACGAGAUCAUUCGGACUUUAUCUGCAGGCUACAGGAUUUCUUUCCUUCCCGAGAAUAUUUCGUCGAUACUAUCGCGGAGGGACUGGAACAUCACUUCAUUCUGGGGGAGGAAAAUUUAAAUGACGUCGUAGACGAAUUCGCAGAGCGGUCACACAUAAGUUCCACCAAUGUCCUCUCACGGGAUGAUCUGGCAGCUAGCCUAAAGCAUUUGUCAUAGUUAUCGGUUAUGACUACGAGAGUCGACUUCCAACUCCAAGCUUUGUAAUCUUUUCCGAACGCUCCAUGUCUUAGUUCUUAUUUACAAUGUCCAUAAGCAAGUUAUGAUUGUGGAGACUGUAUGUAAGAACUAUGACUAAGAGAAGAUAUGGACAAUUGAAGCUCAGAUCACCCCCCACUACGAUGCAGAAAGGUAUGAUUUAGUGCUGACUGUAACUCUUAAAGAAAGUGAAACUCCGUCGAAGGCAUCGGAAAUCCCUCGAGUGGGGAGCACUCUUCAGAGCAAGUGCGGGCAACUUUGCGCCAGUUGAGCGGUGUACAUAAUAGAAGUUCUUUCACACGGACAUCUUUGGACAACUAGUACGUAUUUUCAUCAAUUACAAUAACAAGAAAGCCUACUUGGCAGUAGGUUACUUGAGCCGCUUUGGACAGUGUCGGUUAACUUGCUUCUACGUGUUCGCAACGCUUAGCGGUCUAUGAGAUAUCUUAAGGGUUGUGAUCUGUAUGUCCACAACACCUGUAAUUGUUGGUUGAAAACAUGAGUGGAUGUCAUGCCCAAAAAUGAUAGGACUGUUGAGUCUAUUCCUG